GCAAAUAUAUCUGAACUAAUAAAAAAUACUAAACUGUCAAUCUAGACUAGCACAUUUCGUUGCCGUUCAGUAUCUCUGUAUAUGAUAUGACGAUAUUAUAAUGUUAUCCUUGUCAAAAAAAAUCUUAUAAAACUUGAUUUUAAUAUUAAACAAUGAACAGGCCUCGUUAGAUCAGUGUUAGGAUUAAAUCACAGUGUUUUGUGCUCGAAGUGUAUUAAGGGGAGGGACAUUGUGCGCCUUGUGACGUGGCGUUAGUUUCUCUCAGGUCCUGUAAGCAAAUGUAAAAGGCCUCCCAGUAACAUUCGUCUACCAUUGUUUAUCAUUGUUUGAUAGAGUUUUGUUAAACAUGUCUGGAAGAGGCAAAGGCGGUAAAGGGCUCGGAAAAGGAGGCGCCAAGCGUCACCGUAAAGUUUUGCGCGAUAACAUCCAGGGAAUCACCAAACCCGCCAUCCGUCGUCUCGCUCGCCGUGGCGGUGUCAAGCGCAUCUCCGGUCUGAUCUACGAGGAGACCCGCGGAGUGUUGAAGGUGUUUCUGGAGAAUGUGAUCCGCGAUGCCGUCACCUACACCGAGCACGCCAAGAGAAAGACCGUGACCGCCAUGGAUGUUGUGUACGCGCUGAAGCGACAGGGACGCACCCUGUACGGCUUCGGAGGUUAAACGACUGAAAUCAAGAAAAACUACUUAAACCCAACGGCUCUUUUAAGAGCCAC